AUGCGCCGUCGCCAGUGGACGGUGGUCGGCCUCAUCGCCUUCCUGACGAUAUGUGCAUACACGAUAUUCAGACUGCCGCCCGAAAAGCGACCGAUAGCUGUCAUUCCAGGCUCCGUGAAGCCACCUCCACCCCCGCAAGACCCCCCGAAACCCGCCGGCGACGAUGCUGCCAACGGCAGCGGCCCUGCUCCCGACAGACGACCGAAACCCGCCUCCGGCACCGGCUCGCACCCCAUGUGGCACCUCAUGACGGGCGCCGAGAAGGACUUCCAAGAUACACUGAAGCGCCAGUCCAAGACGCUCGAGGACGCCGUCAAGGAGUAUAGGAGGCGCUACGGCAUCCCGCCCCCACCGCACUUCGACAAAUGGUUCGAGUUCGCAAAGGCGAACGGCGUGCAGCUCGUCGACGAGUUCGACAUGAUAAACGAGAUGCUCACGCCCUUCUGGGGCCUGAAGCCGGCGACGAUACGGGAGCGCGCCAGAGAGGCGCUGGGCUUCGACAACAACCUGAUUGGUCUUCUGAUCCGGGACCAAAAGAUAUCACACAUCCAGGGCGGACAGGACUGGCAGCGCGACGCCACUUCGGGCAUGAUUGAGAAGUUCAUUGAGUACCUGCCCAGCAUGGACCUCGCCUUCAACAUCCAUGACGAGCCGCGCGUCGUCGUUCCCCACGAGGACCUCACCCGCCUCGUCAGCCGCGCCAAGGAUGUCAACAUGCCCAAGGCAAACGCGGCCGUGAACCCCGAGAACGCCUUUACAAAGCGCGCGGGCGAUCUGAGCGAGGGCAACAUCAUCGUUGAGUACAAACAGACCCGCUUCAACGUCUUCGCCCAUCAGGCGACCUGGACACACUCCCGUAUGUCCUGUCCACCCGACACCCCCGCCCGCGGCAUCGACGAGGACGAGCUCUCGGACGAUCGGAGCAGGUACGGCAUCAGCGAGCUGGGCUUCGUCUACAAUAUCACGGCUAUGUCCGACAUCUGCCUCUCGCCCUCUCUCAGCUCGACCUAUGGCUUCUUCGACCGCCCCAACGCAUAUAACAUCGUUCACGAUCUCUUCCCCAUCUUCUCGCAGUCCAAGAUCUCGUCUUACAACGACAUCCUCUACCCCUCACCCUGGUACUGGUAUAAGAAGGUCGCCUACGACGAGUCUAAGGACAUGCCCUGGGAGCAGAAGCAGGACCGCCUCUACUGGCGCGGCUCCACGACGGGCGGCUUCUCGCGCAACGGUGGCUGGCGCCGUCAGCACCGCCAGCACUUUGUGCAAAAGAUCAACGCCGCCGACCAGGCCAAGGUAUACACCAAUCGCGGCGACGAGAAGAACCACAAGUGGGAAGUGAAGGAGGUGCCCCGCGGCGACUACCGCGACAUUAUCGACGUCUACUUCUCGCACGUCGGGCAGUGUGACCCGGGCGACUGCGACGCGCAGAAGGAGUUUUUUAAGGUCCAGGGCCAUGCCGAGCAGCAGGACGCCUGGAAGUACAAGUACCUCCUCGACAUGGACGGUAACGCCUUCUCGGGCCGCUUCUACGCCUUCCUACAGUCGCGCUCUCUUGUCUUCAAGUUCGCCAUCUUCCGCGAGUGGCACUUUGAGUGGCUGCGCCCCUGGGCGCAUUACGUGCCCCUGAGCCUGCAGGGCGACGACUGGCUCGAGGCCGUGCGCUUCUUCGGCGACGGCGCGCUGGGCCGCAACGAGGCGGAGCGCAUGGCCAUCAGCAGCCGCGAGUGGGCGAACAAGGUGCUCCGCAAAGAGGACAUGGAGGUGUGGUUCUUCCGCCUCCUCUUGGAAUACGGCCGCGUUAUCGACGAUAAGAGAGACACCAUUGGCUUCUCCGUCGGAGCCUCGCCGCAACCGCCGGCGUGA